AUGGAUCAGUAUCGGAACCCCAUGGCGCUGGUGCUCUACAUCAGCUACUGGUUCCUGAUGAUGGACUUGUCUAGGUUCCAUGGCCUCGGGGAGCAGCUGCUGCCCAUUCUCAAUGCCUUCUCCAUGACGGCUAUGAAGACUAUGUUGUCGAUCAUCUUCCUGUCCUGGAUAUCGUUUAUGCUCUGGAGCGUUAUAGAAUUCCACGGCGAGGAAGCUGAUGGCGAGGCAGUGACUCUGUGGCAGUUGUUGGUGGAAUCUUUUUUGUCCGUCUGGGUAGAGCUCGGAGAGUCAACUUUCUUCCCGAGCGAAUUCGUUGGACUCAGAUUCAUGUACUGUCACGUUGUUGGUGCGAUGACCUUCGUUUUUGUCAACAUAAUCAUGAUGAACAUAUUCAUCAACAUCUGUGGUGACUGCUAUAAAGAAGAGAAAGACAGAGUGAAUGGCAGCCUGGUCACAGCGAAGCUUAGCAUCUGCUUGAGGACUCUGUCGCAUCGCCGCGCCUUGUUGAAGAGGUUCUCGUACUGGUUCGACAUCGCGGCCACUGUAGUGAUACAACGUGCAGCUGCGGCUUCUGUAGCUCUGUUCGCAGGGCUGCUCAUUUUGUGCAUUGCAAUCGGAGCGUGGGAGGUCGUCCCGAUCGUGCUUGCAGUAGCCGUUGCUGGCUUGCUGAUUCUGUUGAAGCUUUUCGUCAUUCUUCGUAACACGCCUGGGAAGCCCGCCUAUGCCGAGCCUGGCCAGAAGUGGUGGAUCGAGAACAAUUACAUUUGGGUGUGCACUCCGAAGGUUUGCGAUCAAGUUGAUGACACAAAAGACGAGUCACAUGAGCAUUCACGGCUCUUCGUAGUCUACUCAGGAGUCGACCUUAAAGCGACCGACGUUAAUGGUGAGGAAAAAAUUAUCGACGUGAAUGGCAUGUACAAGCAAGACUCUCAGAGUGGGGAGAGAAAUGGUCGCCCGCAGUACUUCAGAUAUUCACCGCCGCCGCGGCGAGGCGGUAAUCAGAAUGCACAAGAUAUAAGAAUAUUUUGGAAGGAAGAGUUUAGCGGUAGUGGAGAUUUAGGACAGUGGGAGCUGACCGUCCGCGACGACACCAUCGACAAGUACAAGAAGCCCACCCUCUUGUUCUCCCUGAGGGGCUGCGCAUCCCCAUUCGGCCAUGGCCUGAAGCAGUGGAAGGUCGUGAAUGAGGACUCC